AUCUUUGUAUAAAAGAGGUGGCCAGCGACGUUAUUGACAUUACUACCUGUUGUCGGCAAACGACAGCAACAUCAUCUGAGAUCAGUGGAUAAUCGCUUGGAGAAAAUGAAGUCCAUGCUGAUCCUAGUGGCCCUGGCUGCCUUUGCCAUCUGCGUUCGGGCAGAUGUCUCCCAUUUGUAUGGAGCAGGAGGAGGUCACCAUGAUCACGGGCAUGAUCACCAUCACCACCAUGAUCACGGGCACGAUCACCACUUCGAUGCUCACUCCCAUGAUCAUCAUCAUCAUGAUCAUCAUGAUCAUCACGAUCACCAUCAUGAUUUGCACAUUGAUCUGCACUACCAGCCGGAUAAUCAUCACCAUCACCAUGAGGCCAAGUUUGAUAUUCCCAGUGGAUACAGCUAUGGAGCUCCGGAGAAGCCGCGCCAGAAGUAUCUGCCGCCCAAGGUGGCCCUGCCACCGCCACCACCUCCUCCGCCCAAGGCCACUUAUCUGCCUCCCUCGAAGCCAGAGUCUCAGUACUUGCCCCCCGAGCCUGUGGCCAAGUAUCUGCCACCCAAGGUCGCUCCCAGCCUGCCUCCUCCACCGCCACCACCCCCAGUUCGGGCUCCCAAGCCCACCUAUCUGCCCCCCAGUCAGCCGGAGACCAAGUACCUUCCGCCUCCUCCAACGACUCCACAGGUGAAGUACCUGCCUCCUGCUCCAGUGGCCAGGUAUCUGCCUCCUAAGGUGGCGCCUAGUCUGCCCCCACCACCACCUCCCCCACCAGUGGCUCCCAAGGGACUGUACCUGCCUCCUGCACAGCCGGAGGUUAAGUAUCUGCCUCCAUCGAAGCCAGUGGAGAAGUAUCUGCCUCCCAAGCCGGAGGCACAGUAUCUGCCACCCCAACAAGAGGUGGACUUCCACAUCCCCAUCCCAUCCUACGCUCUUCCCUUGGAUCCUGCUCCCAGUCCAAUCCAUGAUGCCGAACCGGGAUACCAUUACAAGCCACCACUGCGUCGCUUCAAACACUAGGCUAGUCAACCACCGACAAAAAAAACAAAAACAAACUCUCAUAAACACUGCACCUAGUUUAAGCUGUACAAAUUCAAAGCAAAAUACACCACUAAAAACGAAA